CGACGCGAUAAUUUGAAACUUCACAAGGAUCCUCACACUGGCGAAAAGCCUUGCCGAUCUGCUGUGCUCAAAAAUGAAAAUGGAUAUCAGGGUUCAUUGGCGUGCCCUAACACGGACAGUAUUACUCCAAGUGUCAAUCAGAUGGCACAUGCAACAUUGGAGAAUGGAAUGUGGAGCGAGGAAGCGCAGCAGUGUCAAGUUAAUUUGACCGACACUGAAAUCAACAUCAAUCACAUUAUGUUCUUAGCGGGCUUGUAA